AAUUUCAAUCAGUUGUGCUCCGACACUCGUGGGGGGCGGACGUGUCGCGCAUUGCGUUAGGUUGAUACCACGAUCGAGUUUUAAGUAAUGUAAAAACAUUUUACUAUUACGUUUACAUAGCGAGUACAAGGAAAAGAACCAUCGAUUAUAAUGAAACGAUUGCAGUGAUUAAUUUAUUUAUAAUUUAUUAUAGUGUGUGUAAAUAAAAAAUGGUGAGAGAAUAGUGUGCAAAAUGCGUCGUUCCAAACUGAAUAUCAAUCCGGAUCUGGGUGAUCUGGAGGAGAUGUUAGCGCAUGUGCAAACGCAAAUCGAACAAGAGAUAGAUCUAGAGAAAGAGAGCAAGAUGCCGUCUUUAACCAGCGUGCAAGAGUCGCCAAAGAUGAAACGCGCUUCUUCUUUCAAUCAGGAAAACAUGGAAUACAGACGACCGCCUCGUCCUGUUAACAGAGUUAACAGUGAAGCGAAUCAAGCGGUUGAAUACAGAAAUGGGGACUACGGUACAGUGCAGAAUGGCUUCAAAGGGUCCCAGUCGAGUCUGCGCUCGAACGACGAAGGGUCCCAGGUGUCCUUUCAGUCGUUUCGUUCGGAGCCCGUUCAGAGGCACUCGGUGUUAAGCUUGCCGGAUAAAAGGGACGCAGCGUCGUUAAAUGGGCGGUGCAAGACGGCGACGCUGCCGCGUGGCUACGGGUCCAGUAAGGAGAAGAAUUGGGAGGAAUAUUGGUCACACGAGCAAUCAAUAAGCAGCGCGCGCGCAUCGGUAAUGGUGUACGACGAUGCGCUCAAGCGAUGGAUCCCCUCGGGCUCCAGCUCGGGUCUGUCCAAAGUGCACAUCUACCAUCACACGCAGCACAACACGUUCCGAGUUGUUGGCAGGAAACUAAAUGACCAUGAGGUGGUAAUAAACUGCGGUAUAGUCAGAGGCCUCAAGUACAACCAGGCGACGGCCACGUUCCACCAAUGGAGGGACGCGCGGCACGUGUACGGGCUGAACUUCUCGUGUCGCGAGGACGCGGACAGCUUCGCGAGGGCCAUGAUGCAUACGUUGGAGGUACUAGCGAACAAGGCGAGCAACAACACCGCCCCCCCGCCCGUGCAGCCCAACCCCCCCGUGCCGUACAACGGGCAUAACGCACAUUAUGACGAAGAUAUGGGAUACAGAACGAUGACGCGCGAAGACGCAGCGAUGCUACAACAGCCACAAUACCACGCGCCACACCACCAAAUACCGCUUCAGUUACCACACCAAGCGAUACCGACGCAACACCAAGCGUUGCCGACGCAACACCAAGCGUUGCCAACGCAACAUCAAGCGUUGCCAACGCAGCAUCAACAAAUACCAACGCAGCAUCAACAAAUAGCGACGCAGCAUCAACAAAUAGCAACGCAACAUCAAGCGUUGCCGACACAACACCAACAAAUAGCGCAACAGUUGCCGAGUCAGCACGCGGUGCAAACGCCGCAGCAUCAUGCGGCGCAGAGUCAAUAUCACGCGCCGCAUCAUCAUCAUAAUACGGUCCAAACAACGGUACAAACGGCGCCCACCCCGCCGCCGCACGGCGUGCACACGCUGCCGCACGCGCCCGCACCGCACUCGCACCACCGCACUAACAGUGCCCCAAUGCCCCCGAACAUGUCGCUGUCGGCGAGCGUGGUUGCCCCGCCGCCCGUGCCCCCGCACCAGAAUCUGCCCGCGCCUGCUAAUGGCCCCGUUGCCCCACCGACACCGCCAGCGGCCCCACAACCGCCGCCCAUGCAAGGCGCCCCACCCCCACCGCCCCAACAGCCCUCCACCACCACAGCGCCCCCUCCCCCUCCUCCCCCGCCGGGCGCUACAGCGUCCCCCCCUCCCCCACCGCCUCCCCCCCAGCCGCCAGCGGAGCCCCCGGCGAUCGCGGGGCUCGCGGCGCAACUGCAGCAGGCGAGACUGAAGAGACAGGCGAAGCAAGCCAUCAACGCCGAAGCGGCAUCUCCCCCCGGCGGAACGGACCAAUCCGUCGGGUCCGGGUCCGGCGGGUCCGGCUCCGGGUCCGGUCGCGCCAGCCUGCACUGCAUGAUGCACGAGAUGCAGCGCACGCUCGCCAGGCGACGGGCGCAUCUCGAUAGAGCCGAGGAGACAUCAACAGACAACUCAGUAAACUCUACACCGAUGAAGAGCUGGGAGCGAUCAGCGACGUUGCCGCACCGCCUGCCCGCCAAUUGUAAUGGCAAUACGCCAAGCUCCGAGUCUCCCGCGCAACAACAAGCUCAAUCCCCCCGGUCUGUCCGCAAACGGUUCGGUUCUGCGAGCGAAGAGACUAUAUUGAAGCAAGUGAACGGCGGUGGCGGUGAAGGCGGUUGUGUGACCGCCGCAGAGUGGGAGAGCUUCAAGCAGGAGCUAGUGAGGGAGAUGCGCUCACAGAUGGCGCUGAUGAAGCGGGAGAUACUUGACGCCAUGAAGGCGGAAUUCGCUCGCAGAUAAAAACGCCAGGCGACGCCGAACGAUGCAACUAGUCUACCGCUGAGCUACACCGACUUUUUUAUAUAUAUAUAUACUUUUAUAUAUACAAAUAUAUCAAGAUUUUUGUUCAUGUUGCAGUCAAAGGAGGAAAACUAUACUUUGAACAAAUGCCUAUCUUUUCAACGUCAAUCAAUUAUUUACAUAUGUAUGUUUUUUGUAUUGAACGGUUGAAUAGUUAUUAAGGAAUUAUAGGUUUUUUGAAUCAUGAAUACAUCUUGAUCUGUAUUUAUGUGUUUUUAUAUGAUUUUUGCUAUAUAUUGUUUGUAAAAAGCGGUGUUAGUUCGGUAUAUUGUGAUUUAAAACAACGUAAUAAUUUAAUGUUGCCAACUUCGCAUUGAAUAUAACAACGAUCGGGCAACAUUGCUCCGCGAAUGUUGUAUGUAAAGAAAAAAGAUACGAACAGCACACCGUCGAGUCGAUGAGUAAAGUUGUGUUUUUCUUUUUUAAUUUUAUACUUAAAAUAUUUAUUCUAAUACGUAUUAAUGUAUGUAGGAUAAGGAUUGCUAAUGUGUUAAUUUUAAACUGGACUUUUUAUAUAACGUCUGUUUCUCACACUUUAUUUAUUCUAUAAUAAAAAGUCCAGUAUAAAGUAUGUAUUAAAUGUAAUCAUUUUAGCGUGGAGUUAAAUAAUGGAUAAUCAUAUUUAUCAUGUAACACAAGUUUCCGUGUUGCAAUGUGCAUGAAUAUUUUCCUUUUGGUCGGGUUCAAUCAGACGUUUAACAGUCUUCCACGUAAAGUAAUAGUUUAAAAGAUUCACAAAUUAGUGUAUUUAUUUUUCGUCCAAUUACGCAAGAGAUUUAUGUUUUUUUCAGAUGUAACAAAUUGUGUUCAAAAUUAGUAUUCCGUUGUUAUUUUAAUUGUUUUCGUACUUAAUAGAAAUUUUAUUUUUCUAUAUAAUUAACUGUAUUUUAUUUGAAAGUUUCAUUCAAUUAGUGCAAAUAAUAGGCCAAAAUAGUCGUUAAGUGCUUAUAGUGACUUUGAAACCCGACCAAAUCACUUAAUAUUUUGCAAUCACGAUAAAGAAAAACAAUCAUUAAAAACACCAAUUUUAUAUUUAUCGUUCUUUUGUGUGCAUUUUAUAAAAAUACAUUUUUGACAGAAGUAUAAAAGUAAAAAGAUAGACGUUUUGUAUUAUGACUUUAUGAUAGUAUUGACUUUAGCACGUGAAAAACUGGUAAAAAAAAUAACAAAUUUA